CCGCAUCAAAUCAACGGAAUCAAAGAGUGCUCGAUUUUAUUGUUGAACAUGUUUAUCUUCCCAGUUCUGCUUGCAAUGAUGAAUCUCCACAUUCUGGUCGGACAGGUAGGUGUUCUCCCAAAGCCGGAUCUGUCUCUGAAGCCUUCUUAUGGAGUGUUCGUUUAUGGGGAGAUGAUAACCAUGCACUGUCGCUGUCAGUGCCCAGUUUCAAUGAUCUACCUUUAUGGAGGUUCAGAGAUUUCUCAUCUACUCAACACUUCACUGCUGCACUGUGAUGCCUACCUUCCCAUUAAAGUCCAAGAUAUCUAUGAAGGCACUUUCCAGUGUCAAUGUCUACUCACUGCAGACCGCAGGAACCUAUCUUCACCAAGCAAUCCAAUUCAGAUACAUGUACGAGACAAACCGUCGCCACCGAUAGUGAGUAUAGUGCAAGGUUCCACAAGUCCAGAGGGAGACACUGUUAUCAUUACAUGUAGAGGGGAGAUCCGCUCAAGAGGAGGAAUAUUUUAUUUGUACAAAAGUCAUUUCAGAAGUUUCACACAACUGCGUCGUGUGACUGUGGAUGAGCAAAGCGUGAAUUUCACCAUCAGUGUCACAAGAAAAGAGGCUGCAGGGAAUUACAGCUGUCUGUACCAAACAGAAAUCUCAGGGCAUCCGAUUGCUUCCUCAUUCAGUGAAAGUGUUACAAUUGCCUGGAAACAACAAGAUAACAAUGCAGUGACACUGGUGCAUCUCUGCCUUAGUCUCUUCGUGCUCAUUACACUGACUGUCAUCAUAUUCGAACAUUUCACUAACGGCUCACCACUGACAG